AUGUUGUUCUUUAUUCGGAACUGUUUUAAUUUGGUUUAUGUGUAGGAUAUGCAAAUGGUUUUCAUAAACUAUACUGUAAUCAUGAUUAAACUACAGCGUUAGCGUAUCUUAGUGAUAAAGAGUACGAUGUGUUACGUACAAGUUAAGUCGGUGUCGUAGGAACGUAACUCCGAACUAGUUUUUCAUUGUUGCGCGUGGGACGACCCAAACCAAUCAAGAGUAAACCCGUCGUCAUGCCUCGCAAGGGCAAGGUAGGAUCAUCCGACGGGCGCCCUUCGAAGAAAAGGAAAGCCAUUACCAUGGAGGUGAAAUUAGACAUCGUAAAGCGAUCGAAACGGGGAGAAACGCCGACGAACAUCGGGCGCGUUCUCGACUUAAGCCGCUCUACCGUAGCGACUAUCAUUAAGGAUCAAGAUCGCAUCUUGGAACACGUCAAGGCAUCUCCGCACAUGAAGUCGACCAUAAUAAGCAAGCAGUACAGCGGGCUAAUGAUGGAGAUGGAAAGACAACUAGUGAUUUGGCUGGAUGAUCGGCACCAGCAGCGUCUCCCCGUGAGCCUCGUGUUGAUCCAACAAGAGGCGAAGCGUCUAUACGAGACGCUAAAAAGUCAAAAGGGGGAAGGCAGUGAGGAGAAAUCAUUUGUGGCCAGUCGAGGUUGGUUUAUGCGAUUUAAAGCUCGCGCUAAUUUGCGUAACCUCCGAGUGGAAGAUGAACCAGCCAAUAACGAGAACGAAGCAGGGAGUGAUUUCCCCACUGCCUUGGCGGAGACAAUUAGGGAAGGGGUGAAUAAGUGUUGUGCUCAACAAGUACUGGGCGAGGGUUUGUUCUCGAAUCCCCCGUUAAUCAAUAAGAUGGAGACAGAACCGAGACAGAACGCGGGAGAGGACACACUGACUCCAAAGUUCACAUGCAAGAGCUUGGCAGCAGGUUUCUUACUGAUAGAAGAAGGCUUGUUAAAGUUCAAGGCAGAGGACACCGACACGGCGAGAUACGCAAGGGUCUUCAAGGGGGUCAUGGAUAACCUACGGUGUUACAAGGACAUUUGGGAGAAGGAGAAGAAGGUCUCCUUCCAGUCAAACCUGGAGCGGUUCUUCAAGAUGGUAGAGAGGCCCACAUCGGAUCCCACACUGGAUCCCGUAGCGGAUCCCGAACCCUCGACGUCAUCGACUCCGUCACCUCCCGUGGCCUCUUCAUCUCCUACGAAAAAGUGAAGAGGCUUGAAACAGUACCUGUACUCGCCACCUGAUCUGGUUCUUCACCUCCUCUCGUGCCUUCUUCGCCAUCUGUACCUCCUGUGACCUCUACAGCAAGCUCCUCCCCUUUCCUAGCUCACGAUGUGCAUGCUAUCAGCAGGAGUAAAGGUCUGGAGAGGAUAGCGUGACCUCAGGUGAAGCUGCGUCAGGAAACCCCCACGGCAGAGAAGUCAAUCUCACGGUGAAGACGAGAACCCCAAUCCAGCUAAAGGACAUCAAACCAUGUACCAAUUAUCCUCAUCUGUGAAACUUCAGCCUCAUGAAAGUAGGACACAACCACUCCUGAAUUAUCGUCGCAGCAGGAUCGGGCUGACCAAACACAAUUAUCAACGUGGCGACCGACAACAAAGAACACACAAAGACACACAAACUGCAAAGGUGUUAUUAGACAAUUUUGGUAGGAAUGAAUACUUUGUUGUGUCGCUGACGCAAUAGACGAGUGCAUGUGUUGAUUCCUGCAUCCACCCAACGAGCACCUCAGAACUCCACAAAGGGAUUUAUUAGUCAAUUGAAGAGUGGAUUGAGUUUUGCAGAUCUGGCUACAAAGUAUCAGGAACAGAAUUCGAUGAUGUCAUUAAUUGAAUACCUCUUCUGACAGUCUCAAUCCAAAGUGCACUUUAUUGUGUUUUUAAAGUCAGACUUUGCAUUCUCAUAUCUCAUUCUGACUGGGUGUACUUAAUGAAGUGGCUUGGUGUACCUAAAGAAAUGCCUUUCCAUUUAAAACGAGUAUGAAGAUAUUAGUGCAGAUUUUUUUUUUUUUUUUUAAAGGACUUAGUGUGACUUGACUUUGCUAAUGUCUGUUAGACAGACACUAAGCCCGCUUUUUAGUUUUGACCAGGCCUUUUUCCACUAGGCAGCGAUAGAACUCUUGAAUGUACGUGUAAAUGCACUUCCAGUCGGGCUCCUUCAUCCGGACCAAGUCUUCGGGGUCCAGCAGUGGGGGGCAGCCGGCCAGUCUCCUACAGACGGAGGAGGAGCAUCAACGUUAGAGUCAAAAAACAACACGGACAUUCACACAACAUGGCGACACAAGGAAGAAGUACUAACUCUGCGGUGGUGAACGCCAGUUGGAAGUUGUCUCUGGGCUUGUUAGGGUUCAGGGUGGAAUACUCAAAGGCGUCUGGGAAGAAGCGGUGCACCAAAGCGCAGAAAGCUAUGCCGUCCUUCCAGCUGGAGGAGAAAUUGUGGAUGUCCACCCCCUAAAAGAGCAAAGACAGUUGCUGUGAGAAAAGACAGCAGAGCAAGUCACAGCAAAAGGACAGCGGAGACAUGAUGACCUCAUAUGGUUCCGUUUUGGCUUUGCACCAAUCCAGAAGCAUCUGCUUGACGUUUUUCGCAUUGGGUGCUGCAGAGGGGGCGCAUUUCUGGGUGGCUUGAGCAAAACUCACUUUACUGAGGAGAAGUGGAGAAGAGUACACAUUUGGUCGUUUUUAACUGGAUUGUGCUUGCUGCCCCAGAAGUGAUUUUCAUGUUUAUGCCAAUUAUGACUUUAUCACCAAUCUACAUUAAAAGAGUUGCAUGCAAAUCCA